AUGUGUGGUGGUGCUAUAAUUUCCGACCUGGCUGCGCCGCCGAGGCGGUCAUCUCGGCGUUUGACGGCUGAUGUGCUGUGGAAUGACAAGACUACCCAGAAGAAUCCGGGGAAUUACUACUCCAAGCCUUUGAGAUCCAUCCGUCUGGACGAUGAUUUCGAGGCUGAUUUUCAAGGCUUUUAUGAUCAGCUUUCUCCUCCCGCUCUCAACUUUUCUGCUGCCUCAGAAACUAAUGAUGAAGAGGACAAAUCAUCUAAGAAAAAGAGGAAAAAUCAGUAUAGAGGGAUAAGGCAACGUCCUUGGGGUAAAUGGGCUGCUGAGAUUCGUGAUCCGAGGAAAGGGGUAAGAGUCUGGCUUGGAACAUACAAUACAGCUGAAGAAGCUGCGAGAGCUUAUGAUUCUGAGGCGAGGAGGAUUCGGGGUAGGAAAGCAAAAGUGAAUUUCCCUGUUGGUGUAGCUCCUCCUGCUGUGAACCACUCGACUGAGGCAAACAUCCACAAGAGUGUCUUGGCUAAGCCCGCUUUGAACCCUGAUUUCAACUUGAUGAACUAUUUGGAUAGUGAUCAUUAUGACUCCUUCAGCUUUGUGGAAGAAAAACCCAAGCUCAAUGGUUGUGAUAAUUCAUAUCUUGCUAAAACUGAUGCGGAGCUUAAUCCAAAGGUUUCAUCAGAUAGUGCUUCCCAUUAUUUCAGUUCUGAUCAAGGAAGCGACUCCUAUGAACAAUCUGACUUUGCUUGGGGAGAUAAUUCAUUCAAAACUAUGGAGGUAACAUCUUUGUCAACUCUAAAAUGUGAUGGAGCUCAAUAUUUGGAAGAUGGUAGCCCCUGUAAGAAACAGAAACCCGACUCUAUGGCCUUUGUGUUAUGUGAAGAAACUAUAGAGAAGAAGCCUGAGGAGAUACCAAACUUCGAGACAGAGAUGAAGUUUCUCCAGAUGGCAUUUAUGGACGGCAAUUGGGAUGCUUCAUUAGAUGCAUUUCUAGCUGAAGAUACAGCCCUGAAUGGCGGAAACCCAAUUGAUCUCUGGGCCUUUGAUGAACUUCCCACCACGACGGGGGGAGCUUUCUGAGCAACCGUUGUGCCAUGGCACGCUUUGUGUAAAUAAAGGCUAAAUGCAUGCUUCUUGUUGAAGGAGAUGACGCGACUGACAGUGAAGCAUAAUCAUGCCUCAAUGCUUUAUAAAAUGGUUAUUGUAAUAUAUUACAUUGGCAAUUAGGUUGUGAACUCUUUCAAGACAUGAUUUUGGUUUAUGAUGUUUGUAUCAAUGUUAAGAACUUUGUUUGUUUCAA